AUGGAGACGGUGAGCGGGUUGCACCGGUUCGUGAUCCAGAGCACCUCCGGGGACACAGAUGUCCGAGCCCUCCUCGAGCUCACAGACGGCAGCCUGCAGCAGCAACCACACCUUUUCCUCCCUACCAAAGCAACCUCACCCAUCUUCCCUGCCCUCGAUGUGAACGGUCACGUUCACUACACAGAAGACUACCUCCAGAAGUGCAUUAACCAAGAUCAUGAUGCAUUGCCAAUCAAGCUUGCAGAUGGCGAGGUCUCCGUCGUCUCUCGCCUCAUCACAGGGAAUGACAGGAUGACCACCAUCACAACCAACUGGACAGAGUUCCACUGUCGUACAAACAUGCAUGAGGGUGACAUCUGCGCCUUCUACUUCAGACGCAAGGCAAGGUUUGAGCACCCGAGCCUUUUCGGCCCAUCGUCGUCGCCUGUCCCAGUUCCCCUGUUCAAUACUGCGAAACUGUUGUAUGCAGUGCUGUGCCCGUUGUACAUCUACCGCCAGAAGCACCCAGUCAACCUGCUGCUGCUCGGCGUCUUCACCGUGGCCAUCAGCUCCGCUGUGGGCAUGCCAUGUGCCUUCACUAGCGGCAAGGUCAUUUUGGAGGCAGCAAUUCUUACAACGGUGGUUGUCUUCAGCCUGACUGCUUACACUUUCUGGGCUGUAAAGAGGGGCAAGGACUUCAGCUUCCUUGGUCCUUUCUUAUUUGCUUCUCUCAUCAUGUUGCUCGUCUUUGGGUUCAUUCAGAUCCUCUUCCCGCUGGGCAAGCUUACUCACAUGAUCUAUGGCGCGCUGGCGGCACUCAUCUUCAGUGGCUACAUUGUCUAUGACACGGACAACAUCAUCAAGCGUUACACCUAUGACGAGUAUGUCUGGGCCGCCGUCUCGCUCUACCUUGACAUCAUCAAUCUGUUCAUGGCCUUGCUCACCCUGUUUAGUGCGGGUGACAGCUAAGUGCAUCGCCUUUUCACCUGCUCACGAGUCCUUGACUUGAAGAACUGUAUAGGCGCUUAUUAGUUUAGUUGAGUUGAUCCCUAGAGAGGAAACAUAUAAGAAAACUGACGUGCGUCGGUUCUAUGGAUGGUACUGUAGAUGUGAUGUUGGGUUUAGGGGGUCUUUGAUAUGCUGGAUUGGUGGUGUGCUGCUGCGUUUCUGAUAUCAUUUGUAUGGUCACGCGACUUCUGGACGAGGACAAUAUUGCUUCCCAGCACCUAGGAAUUGGUCUCAUGCCGCCGUAC